AUGCCGUGCUCUUGGGCCAAAAGAACCCGAUACAUCGUCUUAAGCGUGAGUGCGGUCAUCUGUGUAUUUAUAUUCACUCAACCUUCUGUACAAAGACUUCUCUUUGGAGCGUGUGCGUGUGGUCAGUGCGUGUCAGACAUCGCUCAUGACACCUGGUUCCAAAAGCGCUACGACCCCAACGCCCAACCCUUACUGACUAAGAAAAACUGCGUACUCAGCAAUGCCCUCUAUUGGUGGUGGCAAAAGCUACAAUAUAAGAGUCGAGUGAACUACAAAGUAGUAGUGGAGAUGUUGUUUGGCAUCUUCCCGAAUGAAGAGGAAUACUCUGAUGCAAGCCCAGGCCGCUGCAGAACCUGUGCUGUAGUGGGGAAUUCUGGGAACCUUAAAGGAUCCCACUACGGUGUGCUCAUUGACGCCCAUGAUCUUGUCAUUAGGAUAAAUAAGGGUCCGACUGAAGGCUUUGAGCAGGACGUGGGGUCUAAGACCACUCACCGGAUCAUCUACCCCGAGAGCGCUGUGGACAUGGACAACUCCACUCACCUGGUGCUCAUCCCUUUUAAGACUGUGGAUCUGCAGUGGCUCAUCAGCGUCUUCACGACCAAACACAUCGAUCGAACAUACGUUCCAGUGAAACCCAGUAUAAAAGCAAACAGGGACAAGGUGAUGAUCCUCCAUCCCGGGUUUCUGAAAUAUAUUCAAGAACGCUGGCUGCAGAAACAUGGCAGAUACCCAUCUACUGGUUUUAUUACACUCAUAUUUGCCUUGCACAUCUGUGACCAGGUGAGUGUAUUUGGGUUUGGAGCAGAUGAAAAUGGAAACUGGCAUCAUUACUUUGAACAAAAUAAGCAUAAUCGAAAUGCUGGCAAUCAUGGAGGAAGCUAUGAGUAUACUAUUGCACUUAAGCUUCAUGAGAAAAAAAAAAUUCAUUUGUAUAAAGGAUGGUGACUAUUGCUGUGAAUUUCUUUUUAUAAGUAUUUAUAACAUUAUGUAUGUGCAAGACAUUA